AUGGACACAAACGCGUACAGAUUCCGCGUACCCAAGCCGAAUUACUUACCUCACAGGACUGAUAAGGACGACAUCGUUGAGGAAUACGAGCCCCUCGGCCAAGCCAGUGAGCUUGACAACGCCAAGUACUUCGCCAAAUGCAAGCGCAUAGCCGAGGAGUCGGGCAUCACACGGCCAAAGGGCUACAAUGUCUCUUUCCAUUGUAAUCCUGAAAUGGAGAAGCACCACUUCGGCCAGACUCAUCCGAUGAAACCGUGGAGGCUUACUCUCUCCAAGAGUCUUAUAUAUUCUUACGGCAUGUCCUUCGCCAUGGACAACUACAUCGCUCGAGCUGCUACAUAUGAAGAGCUCAACGACUUCCACUCUGACGACUAUUUGGACUUUCUUGGCGUCGUCCUCCCCGAGCCUGUCCCCAGGGACGUUGAGAACGCUAAUCCCGACCUCAAAUUCAACCUCGGCGGCUCCGACUGUCCUCUGUUCGAGGGUCUUUACGACUACUGUUCCAUGUCAGCGGGCGGAUCUCUCGAUGCUGCGCGCAAGAUAUGUUCCAACCAGUCCGACAUUGCCGUAUCAUGGGGAGGCGGCUUGCAUCACGCCAAGAAGGCCGAGGCGUCGGGGUUCUGCUACAUCAACGAUAUCGUCCUGGCCAUUCUACAGCUCCUGCGCUGCUUUCCUCGUGUCCUCUACAUCGACAUUGAUGUGCAUCAUGGAGACGGUGUUGAGGAAGCUUUUUAUUCCACCGACCGCGUUAUGACGGUAUCGUUCCACAAAUACGACCCUCUCAACUUCUUCCCUGGCACCGGUGGACUUGACGACAACGGUCCUAAGAACGAGCAUAAUCCAGGAGCCCACCAUGCCAUCAAUGUUCCUCUCAACGACGGUAUCACUGAUGAUCAGUACAAGUGGCUCUUCGAGAAUGUCAUUGGUAAAUGCAUGGAGAAGUUUCGACCCAGUGCUAUUGCGCUACAAUGCGGUGCCGACUCUCUUGCCGGAGACCGUCUUGGACGUUUCAACCUUCAAGUGCAGGGCCACGGUGCUUGCGUCGAAUUCUGCAAAUCGUUCGGAGUGCCCAUGAUUCUCUUCGGCGGCGGCGGGUAUACUCCCCGCAAUGUGGCCCGCGCCUGGGCCUUCGAGACCAGCAUCGCAAUCGGUUGCCAGGACAAGAUUGAUCCCAUCAUCCCAAUACAUGCUCCUUGGAGGGACCAGUUUAGAUAUGAGGAGCUGUUCCCGACGUUGGAACAGAUUCUUGGGGAGCCACGCGUGAAUCGCAACACACGAAAGCGUCUCGAUGACGUGCUGCAGCAUGUGAUAGAACAGCUUAGGUUUGUACAAGCAGCCCCCAGUGUCCAGUACCAGACCAUUCCCCCAGACUUGGGCGGCUUGAGAGACGACGUUGAAGCAGCACUCAAGGAACAGCGGGAGGCCGAAAACGACGCUGUAAGGAAACAACGGGAAGAGGCCGUUGGACAGGCAAUGGAGUAUUGA